AUGUCUGAAAAUAGAGAAUUACACUUGGAUUUGCUUGACAAGAUAAAGAAUAUUUUAAAUGCUCAUAAUCCAUUUGUACACACGUUUCGCCAGUUAGCUCAGCGUCCAGAUAUACAUGAAUGCAGACUUCAGAUCAAAGAGCAACCACGUAAUAGGCCCCAAUACAACCUUCCUACUGCUCCUGAAGUUGCUGCAGUUUUAGUAGGCGGCGAAGAAGCAGGAAACUUAAGACCAAGAGAUAUCAUUGUCCAAUCAACCAGUGGUCACCUCCUAAAUAUUCCUGAUAUUACCGGAUAUUAUGAUCCAUUACAGUAUCCUCUGUUGUUACCCUAUGAUUUUUAUCAAGGUCUUCUAGAUGCAGUAUAUGCUGGUGAAAAUUAUGGAGGUAAUGUCGGUCGUAGAACAAUAUUACCGUCGUCAUUUGUUGGUAGCCCACGAGACAUGUAUCAACGAUAUCAAGAUGCAAUGGCUCUGGUCCAAAAGUAUAGAAAACCUGAUCUUUUCCUUACAAUGACUUGCAAUCCAAAUUGGCCUGAAAUUAAAGCUGAGUUACUACCUGGACAGUCACCACAUGAUCGCCCUGAUUUGCUGACAAGAGUAUUUUAUUCAAAAUUUGAUGAGAUGAAGACCGACAUUCUUACAAAAAAUGUACUCAGGAAGGUUCUAGCAUAUGCAUAUGUUAUUGAGUAUCAAAAAAGAGGCUUACCACAUGCCCACAUGGUCAUUAUUUUGGAUGAAAAUGAUAAGUUACGCACUCCUGACGAUUAUGAUAACAUUGUCAUAGAUGAAAUUCCAGACAAGAGAUUAGAGCCUAGAUUAUACAGUGCAGUUCUGAAACACAUGAUACAUGGCCCAUGUGGAAUGUACAAUGAACAAUCACCAUGUAUGACAAAUGGUCAGUGCAAAAGACGUUUCCCAAAGCCAUUUUCUCCAAUUACUACACUUGGAAACGAUUCAUACCCUGUUUAUCGAAGAAGAGAAGGGGAGUCAGUUCCAUUAGAGAGUAAUCCAAGUAUCUUGGUGGAUAAUAGUUGGGUCAUUCCAUACAACCCAUGGUUGCUCUUGGAAUAUGAUUGCCAUAUCAAUCUUGAAAUUUGCAGUAGUGUUACAAGUGUGAAGUAUUUAUACAAAUAUGUUUAUAAAGGGCCUGAUCGUGUUGCACUAGAAGUUCGUCAAGGUCCUAAUUAUGACGAAGUACAACAGUUCAUAGAUGGAAGAUGGGUUUGUGCUCCAGAAACAUUGUGGAAAAUAUUCAAAUUUCCAAUGACCAGAAUGACCCCUAGCGUAGAACUCCUCCAAAUACACUUACCAAAUAAGCAGCAAGUGCGGUUUUAUACGUUCCAAGACAUCACAAAUGUUUUAGGAGAUGAGUAUUAUUCCAGAACAAUGCUUACCCAAUUCUUUCAAUUAAAUGUUGAUGACGAAACUGCAAAUUGGUACUUAUAUCGAGAGAUCCCUCAACACUAUAGAUGGUGCAAUAGCACAAAGAUUUGGCAGUUGAGAUUGAAUCGUCAAAGAGUAAUUGGUAGAAUUUACACAGUUUCGCCAUCAGAAGGGGAGAGAUUUUACCUAAGAAUUUUACACAAUCAUAUCAGAGGACCAAAAUCAUUCGACCAUUUGUUAAUGGUUAAUGGAAUUGCGUACCCAACUUUUAUACAAGCAGCUGAACAUCAUGGUUUGUUAGAGCAUGAUGAUAGCAUACGACAAUGUUUGUUAGAAGCUGCAACCAUGCACAUGCCAUCAGCAUUAAGGAGAUUGUUCGUUACAAUUUUGGUUUACUGUAUGCCAACAGGGGUGCGAAGUUUGUGGGAUGAAAUUUAUCCUUACUUGAUUGAAGAUUACAUAUCUUCAAACAGUAUGAAUAAUAUGUAUAUCCUUAACAAAACCCUGCAAGAUAUAAACCGUCUCCUGCUACAGCAUAAUAAGAACAUAUCAGAAUACAAUUUGCCUGAGAUGACAAUGAAUUUGGAUGAUAAUUCAACAGUUCCAAAGGUCACAGUUCCAAAGGUCAUACAAGAUAAGCUUUCCAUUGUAACUCCUCGAGAAGACUUAAAUUCCAUUGCCACGUUAAAUAAUGAUCAAUGCUUAGCAUUUAAUUCAAUCAUGGAGGCUGUGGAAUGCAAUACUGGUGCAAUCUUUUUUGUGGAUAGACCAGGAGGAACUGGAAGGACAUAUUUAUAUUGUGCAUUGUUGGCCUCAGUGAGAAGUCAAGGUCGAAUUGCCAUUGCAAAAGCAACUUCUGGAAUUGCAGCUACACUUUUACCUGGUGGAAGGACAGCCCAUUCAAGAUUCAAGAUCCCAUUAAAUCCAGAGGCUUCAUCCGUGUGCUCCAUUACUAAACAAUCAGAUUUGGUAGAAUUGAUUAGACGUGCAACAAUCAUCAUUUGGGAUGAAGCUACAAUGACGAAUCGUUAUGCUUUUGAAGCUUUGAAUCGAACACUCAUAGACAUCACUGGUGUUGAUUAUCCGUUUGGUGGCAAAAUUAUGGUGUUUGGUGGUGACUUUCGUCAAGUACUUCCAAUUGUUCCUAAAGGUACAAAAGCUGAAACUAUUGCUGCAUCGAUAGUCAAAUCAUCUCUCUAG